AUGAGUCGAGCUCUUCUGCGCUCUGUGCUGGAGCUGCGGACUCCUGUGGCAAGGCUCCCGCCCUCCUUCCUACUCCCCGUUCGAGCACGAUUCUUCAACUCAACCUCGCACAUCGUCGAGCCUACUACACAGACCGACGCUGGUCUUCCGCAAAUCGCCCAGAAUCAGAAGCCGCCUGCGCAACAAACGCCACCGGAAACACAUCAGCCAGCAGCAUCAACCGUUGCCGCGCCAUCCUCAGAGCCCUCUGUGUCUUCGAAUGGUCCUCUAUCGGACUCUGUGCGCGCGUUGCUGCCAUUGCUCGCCGCACAAUAUGGCCACUAUAUCACCAUUCAUAUACACGGCCGUCCCUAUCUCGUAACCCCCGGCGACUCCAUUCGGCUACCCUAUAAAAUGCCCGGCGUUCUGCCAGGUGAUGUUCUCCGGCUUAACCGUGCCAGCAUCCUCGGUAGCCGCGACUUCACUCUCAAGGGAGCUCCUUAUGUCGAUGAACGAUUGUUUGAGUGCCGGGCUGUGGUUCUGGGUGUAGAAAGUGAGCCAAUGCGCAUCAAGAUCAAGAAGAAGCAGCGAAACAGGAGGAAGAAGACGGUCAGGAGCAAACACAAGUAUACCGUGUUAAGAGUAAGCGAGCUCAAGAUCAGCACGCCGGAGGAAGUCGAGGCAUAA